GUUGUUGUUCCGUUUUAGUGGAGGUGGUGAGAAGGGUCCACCAAUCUCUGCUCAAGAGGCUCAAGCACAAGCCAUUCUUCAGCAAGCCAGGAUUGCUAUGAGAGGGCCACCCGGACCUAUGGGACUCACUGGAAGACCAGGUCCUGUGGGUGGUCCUGGAGCUUCAGGUGCCAAAGGGGAUGGUGGAGACCCAGGUCCCCAGGGCCCUCGAGGUAUACAAGGUCCAGCUGGUCUUCCUGGAAAACCUGGCAAACGAGGUCGUCCAGGUGCUGAUGGUGCUAGAGGGAUGCCAGGGGAACCUGGUUCUAAGGGUGACAGAGGUUUUGAUGGCCUUCCUGGUUUACCUGGUGAUAAAGGUAACAGGGGAGAUCGAGGACCACAAGGAUCUCCUGGUGCUCCUGGUGAAGAUGGAAUGAGAGGAGAAGACGGAGAGGUUGGACCAAGAGGCCUCCCAGGUGAAGCUGGUCAGCGAGGAUUACUGGGCCCAAGAGGGUCACCCGGCCCCCCAGGACAACCUGGAAUUGCAGGUGUUGAUGGCCCACAGGGUCCCAAAGGAAACUUGGGCCCUCAAGGGGAACCAGGACCUCCCGGCCAACAAGGGAUCCCAGGUCCACAAGGGCUUCCAGGUCCACAAGGUCCAAUUGGAGUUCCUGGUGAAAAAGGACCACAGGGCAAGUCAGGCCUUGCUGGACUUCCUGGUGCAGAUGGACCUCCUGGUCACCCAGGCAAAGAAGGCCAGUCUGGAGAGAAAGGUGCCUUGGGGCCUCCGGGGCCUCAAGGUCCAAUUGGUUAUCCUGGUCCUCGUGGUGUGAAGGGUGCGGAUGGUGUUCGUGGUCUAAAGGGUGGAAAAGGAGAAAAGGGUGAAGAUGGUUUUCCUGGGUUUAAAGGUGAUAUGGGACUUAAGGGUGACAGAGGUGAAGUUGGUCCCCUUGGUCCUCGAGGAGAAGAUGGUCCUGAGGGUCCCAAAGGCCGUGCAGGCCCAACAGGAGACUCAGGUGGGCCUGGUGCAGCUGGGGAAAAGGGUAAACUUGGUGUUCCAGGAUUGCCAGGAUACCCAGGAAGGCAAGGACCAAAGGGCUCCACUGGUUUCCCUGGAUUCCCAGGUGCCAACGGAGAGAAAGGUGCAAGGGGCUUGCAUGGCAAACCAGGCCCACGGGGACAACGAGGACCGACAGGGCCACGUGGGUCAAGAGGCCCGAGAGGUCCAACUGGAAAACCUGGCCCGAAGGGCACUUCAGGAAAUGAUGGACCGCCUGGCCCACCUGGCGAAAGGGGACCGCAGGGGCCACAGGGGCCGGUUGGCUUUCCUGGACCAAAAGGACCUCCUGGUCCUCCUGGGAAGGAUGGUUUGCCUGGACAUCCAGGACAGCGAGGAGAAACUGGAUUCCAAGGCAAAACUGGCCCACCAGGCCCUGGCGGAGUUGUUGGACCUCAGGGCCCCACUGGAGAGACUGGCCCGAUUGGUGAAAGAGGCCACCCUGGACCUCCAGGCCCUCCAGGUGAACAAGGCCUUCCAGGUGCUGCGGGGAAAGAAGGUGCUAAGGGGGAUCCAGGUCCUCAAGGUAUUUCUGGAAAAGAUGGACCACCAGGACUUCGUGGUUUCCCAGGAGAAAGAGGACUACCAGGGGCUCAGGGUGCAGCCGGCCUGAAAGGAGGAGAAGGUCCCCAAGGUCCCCCUGGUCCUGUUGGUUCGCCGGGUGAACGUGGCCCAGCAGGAACAGCUGGCCCAAUUGGUUUGCCAGGACGUCCUGGCCCUCAAGGUCCCCCUGGGCCAGCAGGAGAAAAGGGAGCUCCGGGUGAGAAAGGCCCUCAAGGCCCAGCUGGACGUGAUGGAGUACAGGGCCCUGUAGGUCUCCCUGGUCCUACUGGUCCAGCCGGGUCUCCUGGAGAAGAUGGUGACAAGGGUGAAAUUGGUGAGCCAGGUCAGAAAGGGAGUAAAGGUGACAAGGGGGAAAAUGGUCCUGCUGGACCGCCAGGUCUUCAAGGUCCUGUUGGCGCUCCCGGUAUAGCUGGGGGUGAUGGAGAGCCUGGUCCAAGAGGACAGCAAGGGAUGUUUGGGCAGAAAGGGGAUGAGGGUCCACGAGGCUUCCCAGGUCCCCCUGGACCCAUUGGUCUCCAGGGUCUACCUGGUCCACCAGGUGAGAAAGGUGAAAACGGAGAUGUUGGUCCAAUGGGCCCACCUGGACCCCCUGGCCCAAGAGGCCCUCAAGGACCAAAUGGAGCUGAUGGUCCUCAAGGUCCUACUGGUUCAGUUGGCUCUGUUGGAGGUGUUGGUGAGAAGGGUGAACCUGGAGAAGCUGGUAACCCCGGGCCUCCUGGAGAAGCUGGCACCGGUGGUCCAAAAGGAGAAAGGGGUGAAAAAGGUGAAGCUGGGCCACCAGGAGCAGCUGGACCUCCUGGUAUUAAAGGACCUCCAGGUGAUGAUGGACCGAAGGGCAAUCCAGGUCCUGUUGGCUUCCCCGGUGACCCUGGUCCUCCUGGUGAACCUGGGCCUUCUGGCACUGAUGGUACAGGAGGAGAGAAAGGUGAAGAUGGUGACCCAGGCCAACCUGGUCCCCCAGGUCCUUCAGGUGAAGCAGGCCCUCCUGGACCCCCUGGAAAGAGAGGACCUCCAGGGGCAGCUGGGGCAGAAGGAAGGCAAGGAGAAAAAGGUGCAAAGGGUGAGCCUGGUGCAGAAGGUGCUCCAGGGAAAACAGGCCCAGUUGGACCUCAGGGUCCUGCAGGGAAACCUGGCCCAGAGGGACUUCGGGGUAUUCCUGGACCUGUGGGUGAACAAGGUCUGCCUGGAACACCAGGUCAAGAUGGCCCACCAGGUCCUAUGGGUCCACCUGGCUUGCCUGGGCUAAAAGGUGACCCAGGUUCCAAAGGUGAAAAGGGACAUCCUGGUUUGAUUGGCCUGAUUGGACCUCCAGGAGAGCAGGGGGAAAAGGGUGACAGGGGUCUUCCAGGCACACAGGGUACCCCUGGGGCAAAAGGAGAUGCAGGAAUUCCUGGUCCUGCUGGCCCUGUUGGUCCUCCUGGGCCACCUGGUUUGCCGGGUCCUCAAGGUCCAAAAGGUUCUAAAGGUUCAACCGGUCCUAGUGGUCAGAAGGGUGAUGGUGGUUUACCAGGAUCCCCUGGGCCUCCUGGCCCUCCAGGUGAAGUCAUUCAACCUUUGCCAAUCCAGUCACCCAAAAAGAUCAGGAGAUCUUCAGAUGCCAUGCAAGCAGAUGCAGCUGAUACUAUCCUCGAUUACAUGGAUGGCAUGGAAGAGAUUUUUGGUUCACUGAACUCUUUGAAGCAAGAUAUUGAGCAUAUGAAAUAUCCAAUGGGGACUCAAAACAACCCAGCCCGAACAUGCAAGGAUCUACAACUUUGUCACCCAGACUUCCCAGAUGGAGAAUAUUGGAUUGAUCCAAACCAGGGUUGUUCUGGAGACUCUUUCAAAGUGUACUGUAAUUUCACAGCAGGUGGAGAAACGUGCAUCUAUCCCGAUAAGAAAUCAGAAGGAGUAAGAAUUUCAUCGUGGCCAAAGGAAAAUCCAGGAACCUGGUUUAGUGAAUUUAAGCGAGGCAAGCUGCUCUCGUAUGUGGAUGGUGAAGGCAAUUCUAUUAAUAUGGUCCAAAUGACAUUCCUUAAACUACUGAGUGCCUCCGCCCGACAGAACUUCACUUACAACUGUCAUCAGUCCGUGGCCUGGCAUGACACUUCUUCUGACAGCUAUGACAAAGCACUAAGGUUCUUAGGCUCAAACGAUGAAGAGAUGUCUUAUGACAACAAUCCUUACAUCAAAGCCCUGCAUGACGGCUGUGCAUCAAGAAAAGGCUAUGCAAAAACUGUUGUUGAAAUUAAUACUCCCAAAAUUGACCAAGUGCCUGUUGUUGACGUGAUGAUCAAUGACUUUGGUGAUCAGAAUCAGAAGUUUGGGUUUGAAGUUGGUCCCGUCUGUUUCCUUGGUUAAUCUGAGAGCAAAGAGAAGAUGAU